AAAUUUGAAAACGUGGCUGUUCGUUGACUGCAGAUGAACAUUUACCAAACAAACAGUGGCUGAGGGUACAAGCAGAGGCGCGGAAUCUACGGUUUUCACGCGACACAUGCAGUAGCCCAGUUUUAUGCAGUUAAUAGGUUAGUGGACAUCUACUUGGAGAAUACCAAAAAGUGCACACGGGAGGAGGAUAAUGCAGUGCACUCCUGAAUCGAUCGUCUACCUCGAGAGCCGCAAAAGCCAGCAUCGUUAUGACGAUUGCUCUGACAGCGGAUUCUCUGGUUUAUUCCACAGCCCAAAGAGUGUCCGUCGAGCGGACUCCUGUCCCUCUUUGUCUCCAGUGGAAUUCAAUGAAACGCCUAAAGAGAACAUGUGUCUGUCUGUCACUCCCAAGGAGAGCACCAGGGAACCGGUUAGCUCUGUGGGCAAAACCCCCAGGGGUCUCCAGCGGCCACCAGCAGUCAGCUGGUGUGAAACUCCUAAAGUGUACAAAAGAGAUGCCCUGAUGCGACACAGACUUCUAAUGUGCAAACCCUCCACAGAUGUCAAAGCUGACAACACGCGAUCCCCGUGUAGCAGAAAGACUGACUCUUCCAUCGUUGUUAGGUCUGAACACUGGCUCGAUGCAUCCUUUGACUCCCUAGACACUACCAGAGAGCCUGACCUGCAGCUCUCUGGUAGGAAACGCCGUCUCCUCUUCAAUCAGGUGAGGACCUCGACUCUUGAAGACGGCAAACUACACUCCGGUUACCUUUCCAGUUUUGAGGGAAGCGCCUCUCUCUCAGAUGCAGAUUUUAACGACAGCAUUUCCGCCUCUGAUCAAAUUGACAUUGAGACUCCGAGCUUUCUCGAAUCCUUGCCUACUCCAUCUAAGGAAACCCCUCAAUCACCGGUCAGCAGUGUGACAAAUAACCGAUAUGACAGCGCAAGUUCUUUGUGCUCCCCGUCAUCCUCCCGCACACCCAAAUAUAUCAGGUCUAUUUGUGAAGACAGUGGCUUUGGUUCCGUGACCCUUGAUAAAUCCCAAGACUCGUCAGUGGACCAUGAUGGCUCAUUCCUCGAGCUCCUGUCGACCUCCAGAGGAAACCCCGAAACUCCAAAUCUGACAGAGGCAAGGCGGCGCUCCCGUUUACAGCGUCAACACAGGCUUUCAACGCUCAAAGAAGGGGGCUCUCAGUCCGAAGAAGACCCAGCAGAGAGAAAGCACGGACCGCUUCGCCAAAGCCUUUCUACAGAUGAGGUUUUUUCUCACAGUGCUGUAUGUAGUAAUGGCAUGACAUCUGAUUGUUGGUCCUUUGCAAGGCAAGAAAAUGCCACACCAAUAAGAUCGGCUACAGCCAGGCCAGGAAACAUGACUCCCCUCAACACGGCUCCUGUUAAUCUGAAUGCCACUCCUGUCAGGGAAACCCCCGUCAAUCUCUCUCUGACUCCAGCUCUGCAGCUGAUUCAUGCCAUGUGCCAACUUAACUCCCGAAUGUUUGUUGGCCAAAGCCCAAGCUUAAAGGAGCAGCUGAAGUCCACCGAAGCGCUAGCUCACACCCCGGUGACCUUGACGACCACCAUGCCGCUGGCAGGGCUGAUCGGCAGAAAGAUGGGCCUGAGGAAGGUAGACAUACUCAUGGAGCUGAGGAAGAGAAACCUGGGGCACAUCCUCUGCAUCAUCCUAAGCCACCUCCCCUCUGAAAGCAUCCACAUGUUUGGUCAGGUGUCCAAAGGAUGGAACGAAAUCGUCCAACAAGACAAGCGAGCUAGUAUUAGGAGAAAAAACUACCUGAGUGAUGUAGAGGCUUCUCUUGAGCUCGGUGGUGCCAUCCAUGUCCCUGAUGCAGAGACUCGGCACUCUCUUCCAAAGAGGUCGGCCCUGAAGACUGUUCAGGCUCAGUCUAGAACUUCCAGCUUCUGCACCCCACAGUCAGGAAAUAGCACUUUAACCCCAUCCCAGCACAGCGCCUUGAAAUCAGGCAGCAGCAGCAAACGAGAUAAAUUUUUAGAAGUUGCCCAAACCCUCUUCAACGACGAGUGCCUCAAGCCAUGCCCUCGAUGUCAGCAUCCUGCGAGAUGUCACUCAGUGAAGCAGGAGGGCGUGUGCAGCAGAGCCGACUGUGAGUUCCGGUUCUGCACGGCCUGCUUGUGUGCUUUCCACGGCUCCAGAGAGUGUGGGAGCCAAUCUGUCGGCCGACGCAAGAAAGACUUACUUCUGCCAGGAAGCGCACAAAGCAAACGAAAUGUGAGGAGACUAUGAGCAGAAAAUCUACUUUAUUCUUGUAUGUUAUGGUGAGGUUACUUCUAUAUUUUUGUCUAAUGCGACAAGGAAAGUGAUGAGUACCCCGAACAUGACAGCAACUUCCAAUACUUAUCAAUGUGGUUUUGUGCCUGUUUUGUACUUUUACUGUAUUUUCACUGCUUUUUCAACACAGUCCUUGUGUUUUUAAUUAUGAAUAUGAAGGAAGUCUUGCCAGCAGAACAAUGGCUGAAUUUUUAUGCAGUUAUUUUUUUAUACACAUGUACACUGUACAAAAUGUUUUUUGAAUUUUCCUCAAAUAUCCAAUUUUUACCAAUGUGUUUUCAGAGCAGUUUUUAAAUAAACCUGAUUUUUUUUUUAUAUUUCUCUUUUCUGACUUAAUUUGUCCUUUUUGCCCUUUAUCUAUACGUGACUGGCCUUUUUGUAUUUUAAA